GGAGCGUCUCAUCCCAGCGGCUGUGCGUGCUCAGAGGAGAGUCUGAAGAGGGACAGGAAGAAGACUUUAACUUUCACAUUCAACACUUUACAUUAUAAAAACAGGAAGACAGCAUGUCGAAGCCUCUCACAGACCAGGACAAGAGGAAGCAGAUCUCGGUCCGGGGUCUGGCCGGGGUGGAGAACGUCGCGGACCUGAAAACUAAUUUCAACCGGCAUCUGCACUUCACCCUGGUCAAAGACCGGAAUGUGGCCACCAAACGGGACUACUACUUCGCCCUGGCCAACACGGUCCGUGACUACCUGGUGGGCCGCUGGAUCCGGACCCAGCAGCACUACUAUGAGAAAGACCCGAAACGUGUUUACUACCUCUCUCUGGAGUUCUACAUGGGCCGGACUCUGCAGAACACCAUGGUGAACCUGGCUCUGGAGAAUGCUUGCGACGAAGCCACAUACCAGCUCGGUCUGGACAUGGAGGAGCUGCAGGACAUCGAAGAAGAUGCCGGCCUUGGAAAUGGCGGUCUUGGUCGUCUAGCAGCUUGUUUCCUGGACUCCAUGGCCUCUCUGGGUCUGGCUGCUUAUGGAUACGGCAUCCGCUACGAGUUCGGCAUCUUCAACCAGAAGAUUGUGAAUGGCUGGCAGGUGGAGGAGGCAGACGACUGGCUGCGGUACGGUAACCCCUGGGAGAAAGCUCGCCCUGAGUACAUGCGGCCCGUCCAUUUCUAUGGCCGAGUGGAGCACACAAACGAGGGAGUGAAGUGGGUCGACACUCAGGUGGUCCUGGCUCUCCCGUACGACACUCCGGUCCCUGGCUACAGAAAUAACAUUGUCAACACCAUGAGGCUGUGGUCUGCCAAAGCUCCCUGUGACUUCAACCUCAAAGACUUUAACGUUGGAGGAUACAUUCAGGCCGUGUUGGACAGAAACCUGGCGGAGAACAUCUCCAGAGUCCUCUACCCCAACGACAACUUCUUCGAGGGGAAGGAGCUGCGCCUGAAGCAGGAGUACUUUGUCGUCGCUGCAACUCUUCAGGACAUCAUCCGACGAUUCAAAGCCUCAAAGUUUGGAUCCACAGAGUUCGUACGGCUCGACCUCUCCACGCUGCCGGAUAAGGUGGCGAUCCAGCUGAAUGACACGCACCCUGCGAUGGCGAUCCCGGAGCUGAUGAGGAUCCUGUUGGACAUGGAGAAGCUGCCCUGGGACAAGGCCUGGGACAUCGUGGUCCGGACCUGUGCCUACACCAACCACACCGUCCUGCCUGAAGCUCUGGAGCGCUGGCCCGUCGACCUCUUCCAGAACCUUCUGCCCAGACACCUGGAGCUCAUCUACGAGAUCAACAGGAGGCACCUGGAGCGGAUCACCAAGCUGUUCCCCGGAGACAUGGACCGUCUGCGGCGCAUGUCUCUGAUUGAGGAGGGCGACGUGAAGAAGAUCAACAUGGCUCACCUGUGCAUCGUGGGAUCUCACGCCGUCAACGGAGUCGCCAGGAUCCACUCUGAGAUCAUCAAGAGCACAGUGUUCAAGGAUUUUUACGAAGCUGAUCCUGAGAAGUUCCAGAAUAAGACCAACGGGAUCACACCGCGCCGCUGGCUGGUGAUGUGCAACCCCGGGCUGGCCGAGGUCAUCGCAGAGAGGAUCGGCGAGGACUACAUCAGGGACCUGGACCAGCUGCAGCAGCUUCUGGACUACGUGGAUGAUGACUCCUUCAUCCAGGACGUGGCCAAAGUCAAACAGGAGAACAAGAUGAAGUUUGCAGCUCAUCUGGAAGAACAAUACAAAGUCAAGAUCAACCCCAACUCCAUGUUCGACGUACAGGUGAAGAGGAUCCACGAGUACAAGAGACAGCUGCUGAACUGUCUGCACAUCAUCACGCUCUACAACCGAAUCAAGAAGGAGCCAAACAAGUCAUGGACCCCGAGGACUGUCAUGAUCGGAGGAAAGGCGGCUCCUGGUUACCACACGGCUAAAAUGAUCAUCAAGCUGUUCACAGCCAUAGGGGACGUCGUCAACAACGACCCCGUGGUCGGAGAUCGCCUCAAAGUCAUCUUCCUGGAGAACUAUCGGGUCACACUGGCUGAGAAAGUGAUCCCAGCCGCUGACCUCUCAGAGCAAAUCUCCACAGCGGGCACGGAGGCGUCCGGCACCGGGAACAUGAAGUUCAUGCUGAACGGAGCGCUCACCAUCGGCACCAUGGAUGGAGCCAACGUGGAGAUGGCCGAGGAGGCCGGAGAGGAGAAUCUGUUCAUCUUUGGGAUGAGGGUGGAGGACGUGGAGGCCAUGGACAAGAAGGGCUACGACGCUUUGUCGUACUACAACCGGAUCCCUGAGCUGAAGCAGGCGAUGGAUCAGAUCUCCGGAGGCGCGUUCAGCCCCGAUCAGCCCGACCUCUUCAAAGACCUCGUCAACAUGCUGAUGCACCACGACAGGUUCAAGGUGUUUGCAGACUAUGAAGACUACAUCAAAUGUCAGGAGAAGGUCAGCGCACUCUACAAGAACCCUAAAGAGUGGACCAAGAUGGUGAUCCAUAACAUCGCCGGCUGUGGAAAAUUCUCCAGUGACCGCACCAUCUCCCAGUAUGCCCGGGAGAUCUGGGGCAUGGAGCCCAGUUUGGAGAAGAUUGCCGCUCCAGAUGAUCCUCGCUAAACCACAUCUGCCUCCUCUUCCUCUUCCUCCUCACUGUGGUCCAACCACUGAAACCCUGUAGCUUUUACACUGUGUACUGUGGCAUUCUUUAUUUACGUUAUUAAUCCCUCUGCUGUUUUUCAGUUUAUCUUAGCAACCUGUAUUCAACCGGGAUUAUUCAGCAUCUAUAUUUAUCCCCUCUAUGCACCAGCAAUGCAUCUCCUCACUGUUUGGUGAACACGUUUUGGGUCCAUGUUUCAGCCGCUAAGAUACAGCGUGGAUGGAACCAUGGGGGUUCUUCAGCUGGAGUGAAACGUUAAAGAUCUAUCUCUUGAUUUUGUUAGUUUCACUAUUUUCUGAUGUUUGGAAACUCAAAGUCAUAACAUAAGAGUCUGUAACUUUAACCAGACAUGGACUACCAAAGAACGGUCUUCACACAACAGUGAUUCACACUGUGAUUUAACCCUUCACUAAGCCCCGCCCCCUUUUGGUAGUCGUUGCUGUCAGCCAAUUAUGCACUUAACAGUGAAAAGUAUCAGAUUAAUCAUCCAGAAGUUAGUCAGCAUGAAAGCAUCUACUGUUUCACAUACAAGCUACAGGUGCACUAAAGCAUUUAUUGGCCGAAACGUUGGUUGGCUUGCUAAUUAAGCUAACGUAAGCGCUACAUGAGUUUGAAAAAACUCACACUCGCUGCCUUUGAAUGACUUCAGCUGACUCCAUUUAAAAGGAGAAUGCUAUUAAGGAGUCUAAAAAUGUGUCCUUGAUGGCUAAAUGCAUGGUUUGUAGGUGCUAAAAGACUGAGGCUAAAGCUGAUGCUACAUGCAAAACAUAAGCACUCCCUCUGGUUGAUGAUGUAUGCAGAAAACUUGAAAAUAAAGAAACAGUUCUGUGUUUGUGUGACACUGUAGAGCUAUUAAUCCAUUACUCUAUCAUAUAUGUUAGCUGGAGUGAAACGUCUCCAAAUCGUAGCAGGACAGAGCUGCUAAUGUUAGCCACAUUAGCAUCUAAGAGAGGUUUUCGUACAGUGGUGAUUGAGGCUUCUCUGAAAUGAGAUUGUAACAGUACAAAUGAAUGUAGUUAACUUGUUUAACUUGUGCUUGUUGGAUUUGGAAGCAUGAUUGUUACUAUAGCUACUGCGCUAGUUAGCCCAACAUGCUAAUAGUUAAAGCUUAUGUUGCCACCGAUACUAAUUACUAUUUUAGAUCAGCAUAAACACAGCUUCACUAUGUGGAGAAAUGUAAGAGUUAACCAACUAAUGCUAAGUUAGGCUUGCUAAGGCUAUACAGGGAUAAAAGCUACUGGACGAGGGGUUUAGUGAAGGGUCAAUUCAAACUACACUCACAAUGUUUACACGGCAGCCAUUUUUCUUCGACUUGGUGGGAAGUUUCAAUGCAGUCAUGCCAAAGCUCAUUGUAAUUCUGCAGAGGUACACCAAUGACCAUGCUUCAUUUACCACCAACUGUUCCUUCUGAAGUCUGAUCACACUCAUUAUGCUAACGAUAACGAGACCUGUUGGUGUACAGCCAACAGGAAUACAUCUUCCUUCACUGUCUCGACAUCAAACCUUAAACUAGUAUAUAGAGAAUAUCUGCAUUUGAGAAUCCCACCUUCUAAUGAAAAAGGCUGCCAUGUGAGUCAAACCAACACAACUGCCAGUACCCAGCACACGAGCCAGUAGACCUCAGCACUGCUCUGGUCUCAAACCAACACGUCUUCCACGACAGAGAGACGAGACACUCCGCGGUUAAUGUUCACCUCAGCCUCAUAGCAGCACUGUGACUGAAGGUGUCUCCAUGUUCACCUCAGAUCAGCGUUCAUGUUUCAGAAAAGCCUCUGCGUCAGUGUUUUUCUGGUAUGUGUUUUUCUCAGCAUGUUUGUGUCUCUCUGCUGUUCCUCAAAGUGACCUGUGUUAGAGCAUAACAAAGCCUUCUCUGCCUAAAACCUAAGUGACUGAACUUACCUUUGAAGGUGUAUGUAUUCUGUAGUGUAUUUGUGUGUGUAACAUAGAAGAGUCCAUGACACUGUGGGUAUCAGUUGAUUGAUGUACUGUAAGAACAAACUGUCCUGCUUCAGCUGCUGUAUCUGACCACAGAAAGUACUGUCCACUUAACUGAACCUAACAUUACCGUCAGUCAGUGCUUUUCUUUUAUAGUCAAUAAAUGACGAAACAUCAACAACU